GCAGGGAGCCGAGCUGACAGAGAUGCCGCCUGCUCCCGCUGGGCUGCUGCUGCUCUAGAGCCGGGACCCCCGCGCCCCGCAGAUGGCGGUGCCGAAUGGGUCCGUCCCCGGCGGGGAGCCUGGGGAGAGAGAGAGCCCGCCUGCCCCCUCCGGGAAGAAGGAGCUGAAGAUCGUGAUCGUGGGGGAUGGAGGCUGCGGGAAAACGUCCCUGCUCAUGGUGUACGCGAAGGGAGCCUUCCCGGAGACAUAUGCACCUUCUGUAUUUGAAAAGUAUACCACCAGUAUUACUGUUGGGAACAAAGAAGUAAUUCUGAAUUUGUAUGACACUGCAGGGCAGGAGGAUUAUGAUCGACUACGACCACUUUCAUACCAGAAUACAAACAUGGUCCUAAUUUGUUAUGAUGUUAUGAACCCUACUAGCUAUGAUAACGUUUUAAUUAAGUGGUAUCCUGAAGUAAGUCACUUCUGCCGAGGAGUCCCUCUAAUACUCAUCGGCUGUAAAACAGACCUUCGAAAGGACAAAGAACAUUUACGUAAGCUCAUGUCUUCUGAGCAGGAACCAAUCACAUAUAACCAGGGUGAAGCAGCUUGUCAGCAGAUGAAGGCACAAGCCUAUUUGGAGUGCUCAGCCAAGUGUCGAGAAAACAUAGAGGAUAUUUUUAAAGAAGCAACAAACAUUGCAUUGAAUGCCAUGAAAAAAGCUAAGCGCCGAAAAAAGAAGAAACGGUGUUCAAUAUUAUGAUGAUCCAGGCCACUGGGACUAUAGAAGAGCUUAUUAAAAUCUUGAUACAUUUAUUACCAAUAGUUUAUUUUUAUAAUUUGUCUUUUUCAGUACAUUUUUAUUCCUACUUUGAUUUUUAAAAUUUGAUUUUGUAAUAGUGUGCUUUUUGUUGUACCUCAGAUGAAGAUUUCAAAGUGCUUUAUCAAUAUUAGUUUGUGGCAGAUGGCUAUGUAUAUCUGGAUUUUGUUCCCGACCAUAAAUGACUGUUAGCCAGGUUCCAAAUCCACUAUCUUUUAUUUAUACACUGACAGUGAGUGGCAGUCUUUAUUGCUCAUAGUUUUAUUCUAGCACACAGGUGCUGGUAGUUCUGGCUCUGAUUUAUUGGUCUUUUUCACUGCUGAACUGACAUGGAAAGGCUAGAAAGGGCUACUUCUCUCAAAGGAAGAAUGAAGUUCAAUCAGAGCAAAUGCUCAGAUUGAGAGGAUAAAAAUCGAAGUUCUAUAUUGAUGAGUUCUAAUUAGAAUUACAAAGCAACAGCUCUGUUAACCAUUCUUCUCAGAGUAGCCUCAAGCAACUGCCCCAAACUAUGUACUAUUCUGCAGCACCUUUAUCAGAAUGUGCACUUCAUAAAGUAGCUGUUUGGAAAUCGAUUGUGUGGUCUCUCCAGAUUAGAUUUAUGAUAAUAGAAAAUCUUUUACAUCCUUCAUUAUAGUCUACUCAGAAAGCCAGUCAGCGCAGAUAUGAUGCAUCUUGCUAAAUGCUUUACCUCUGGCAGUAAAAGCAGCCACUAUUUUGAUACCCAGAGAGAGGAUCUAAUGUGCAAUAUAAGCAAAACUUACUUUAAAAUAAAGAAAAGUGCAAUUUAUUCAA